AUGGUUGACUUAGGAGAAAAGAUGACAUUGGAAGGAUUUAAUAUCACAUACAGACAAGAAGAGGCCCCUCGCAUGAGUGGGUUCAGACUUAUCGUGUCAAAUACUUCGAUUAUGGUGGAUGGUAUCUCUGGUACACUGUGCUACGAAGAAACUCGUCCUAAUCCGCCUACAAUACAGUACAUCGACUGUUUCGUCAUCGGUCAGUAUGUUUUUUAUGAAGAUCCAACCACGGCGCCAGGUGACACAGUUCCGUUCAUCGAACUCUGCGAGUUGGAGGCGUUUGGAUGUCCGAACGGAUACUAUGGUGCGGAUUGUAAUAUUUCUUGUGUGGAAAGUUGUGUGUCCGGUAUUUGCCAUCCGGAUAAUGGGACUUGUGUGUAUGGUUGUCAGCCAAUGUUGAUUGGAGACAAAUGUGAUCAAGUUUGUAUGAACGGUACCUGGGGCGACUUUUGCAAUAAGACCUGUUUCUGUGACAUCGACACGUGUAAUAUCUCUACGGGGAUGUGUCAGGAGGACAGGUGUCAAUCUGGAUGGCAGGGCAUGCAUUGUAACCAACUUUGUGAUACUAACAUGUACGGCCCUGGCUGUAACCUUACUUGUGGUGAAUGCUACAACAGUACGUGUGAUCAUGUAACUGGUUAUUGCCCUGGACUGUGCUCACCAGGCUGGAGUGGCCCAAUGUGCAGUACACAGUGUGAAAUGUACAAGUAUGGACGUAACUGUCUGAGCACGUGCGGUCACUGUAAGGAUAAUGAGACAUGCUACCACGUGGACGGCGUUUGCUCUAAUGGAUGUGGACCUGGCUACCAAGGCGACAAAUGUGACACAGAGUGUUCAACAGGAACUUUUGGUGAAAAUUGUUCUCAACUUUGUUUCUGCAUGUUUGGUAGCUGUCAUUAUGUCACCGGCAAGUGCGACAUAGAAGUCUGUCAAAUGGGCUAUAGGGGACCAUCGUGUAGUGAAGUGUGCCUUCCUGGUCAGUUUGGUGAAAACUGUUCGAUGACGUGUCACUGUUUAGUUGAUGGUUGCCAACCUAGUGAUGGCCUGUGUAUUGAAAAUGCCGGCUGUGAUGCAGGAUGGCAGGGCCCUUCAUGUAGUCAAGCAUGUAAUGAUGGAACAUAUGGAGUCAAUUGCGACCAGAUAUGUGGGGCCUGUAAAAACUCCGUGAUUUGUGACCACAAGUCCGGAGUUUGUCCCAGUUCCUGUGAACCUGGAUGGACAGGGCUGCUAUGUAAAACAGCAUGUAACCCUGGUAACUAUGGAGAAGAUUGCAAACAGAUAUGUAACUGUAGAAACAAUGUGUCUUGUGACCCAGUCGCAGGCACGUGUCCGCGAGGCGAGUGUGACGUAGGAUGGACAGGCUCCGCCUGUAGUGACCUCUGUCCACUCGGUACAUAUUCCUACAACUGUCAGAAGAAAUGCAACUGUCUAAACGGCUAUUGUAAUCCUGUGGACCCGGAUGGUGUAUGUCCCCCUACCGGAUGUUUAUCAGGAUGGACAGGAGUGUCUUGUAAUGAAGUCUGUCGCAAUGGUACCUACGGUCCAUCGUGUACGUGGAUAUGUGGAGCGUGUUAUGCUGACGUACCAUGUGAUCACAUGUCUGGUGUGUGCCCUUCCGGAUGUUCGCCAGGCUAUACUGGUCUAACUUGUAUCGCAACAUGUCCUCCGACAAGAUACGGUGAAGGAUGUCAGUCAUUGUGCUCGGAGAAUUGUGUCAAUCAGGAAUGUGACCGAUUUAACUCUUCCUGUACGUCUGGCUGUAAAUCUGGAUAUCAGGGACAUGCAUGUACAGACCCGGUGGUACUGAGAUUAGCCGAUGAUCAUUGGGCUGAGCAAACCAAUCUAGUGCUCUACGUCAUUGCGGGGAUUCUGUUCUUGCUUGCCUUUUUGGCGGUGUUGUGCUGUCUAAGACGACGGACAUUAAAGGAAAAGAAAAUGACCGCAGUGGGAAUUGAUAUUGAGGAACAUGCUGUUAAAGUAUCACCACUGUAUGAUCUGUACUUUCGACCAGUUGGAGGAAGUGUUCCGAAUCCGGACAUAAAAGCUGAUGACGGCAAACAAAGUAAAAUGGGGACAUCAAUGGAAGACUUGCCGACAGAUGAUCAAGCUACGCUUGUUGACAAUCAACUCAAUUCGGCAGAUGAAAAACCCGAGCCUGUAGUUGAACCAACGGAAAUUUUCGUCUUGAAAGAAGAGAUGGAUGCCGACGAAGACAAUGAAGACGACAAUGAUGAAGAUUAUCCAACUGGUGACGUCGGACAGACUGGUAUGGGGUCCAUAUCACUGGCAGCGAGGUCGGGAACCGACAAGAACUCGGACAUGCCAGUAGCAACGACUUACGGAUUUAUGAUACCUGAAAUUGCAGGAACAAGAAUUGUACUGUCAGGAUUUGUUACUACUAUUAAAGAUAAAAAGCAGUUCGGAAAUUUGGCAAACGAAUUUAAGAAUUUACCAGAAGGUCGUCAGCACCCGGUGGAAGAAGGCAAAAGGCCAGAAAACAAAGCAAAGAACAGAUUUCGAAACAUUCUUCCAUAUGAUCAUUCAAGAGUUGUCCUGGAGGAUGAAAACGGAGAAAAUGAUUAUAUCAACGCAAGCUUCAUUGACGGCAUGGACAGUGAACGACAGUACAUUGCUACCCAAGGACCCAAGCCCGACACGGUGGCUGACUUUUGGCGGAUGAUAUGGGAAAACAAUUGUGGGAAAGUGAUGAUGUUGGCGAAUAUUAUGGAAAAGAGCAGGUCGAAAUGUCACCAGUACUGGCCUAAUGUGUCAGAGACCGGCCAGUAUGGAACGUAUGUAGUCAAAACGAUGAACGAAAAGAAGGGGACCAGUUUUACUGUUCGUGAGAUACAACUACAUCGUGCCCAGGAUGAGACCAUGUCCAGGACAAUACACCAGUUACACUUCACUACCUGGCCUGAUCACGGCACCCCAACCGUCGAGCAGCUACUCAGAUUCCAUAGCACUUCAACAAAUAUCGAAACACCACUGCAAGGUCCAGAUGUCGUUCAUUGCAGCGCCGGAGUAGGGAGGACUGGCACCUAUAUUGCCUUGGAUGCGCUAUGGAAACACGCUCGAUACGCAACCUCUCUGGAUGUGUACGAGUAUACACUUAAGAUGCGGAAAGACCGAAUGAACAUGAUACAGACUUUGGACCAGUAUAUCUGUCUGCAUGAGACGUUGGCGGAGGGACUGCCAAAUGCAACGAGUUGA